AUGGGCUAUAUUAAAUUGGCAUGCCCGGUAACUCACGUGUGGUAUUUGAAACGUCUUCCUAGUUAUAUCGCGAAUUUUUUAGAUAAACCUCUUAAAGAAUUAGAGGGCCUACGAGAAUUCCUUUCUUUAUUUGUUUGCUGUAACUACUUGAGCCGGGCGAGGGGAAACUUUCACGUCCGGCUUUGAAGGGGGGAGAUCUAUAGGAUAGGAUCCUAUCCCAAUUUUUCAUUUGCUAGGCCUAUAGCGAAAAAACCUACUUUUUUACGAUUACGCGGUUUAUUCGAAUAUGAAAUCCAAUCCUGGAAAUACAGCAUCCCCCUUUUUUUUACUACCCAAGGUUUUGAUACAUUUCGAAAUAGAGAAAUAUCUACUGGAGCAGGUGCUAUUCGAGAACAAUUAGCCGAUUUGGAUUUGCGUACUAUUAUAGAUUAUUCAUUCGCAGAAUGGAAAGAGUUAGGGGAAGAAGGGUCUACAGGAAAUGAAUGGGAAGACCGAAAAGUUGGAAGAAGAAAGGAUUUUUUAGUUAGACGCAUGGAAUUAGUUAAGCAUUUUAUUCGAACAAAUAUAGAACCAGAAUGGAUGGUUUUGUGUCUAUUACCUGUUCUUCCUCCCGAGUUGAGACCGAUCAUUCAGAUAGAUGGAGGUAAAUUAAUGAGUUCGGAUAUUAAUGAACUUUAUAGAAGAGUCAUCUAUCGGAACAAUACUCUUACUGAUCUAUUAUCAACAAGUAGAUCUACGCCGGGAGAAUUAGUAAUGUGUCAGGAGAAAUUAGUACAAAUUUUUUUUUUUGUACCACUGAGCUACUGAGGAACAACGGGAGACUCGAUCUAAUGAAAC